UCACGACACACCACACAUGGCCCGACAUUCAAUGGGCCAGCCUGCAAAUUCCGAUUUGUCAAUACAUCUUGCUGAGAUGUCAGUCCACCAUUCUGUCCUCGCCUAAAGAUUGAUUAAAAAUAAAAUAACAUUGAUUGAUGUCCAAAUUCUGCGGCUGCCGAGAUGAAGAUUACGGAUAGCGUGUUGCGAAGUUUUAGGGUUGCUAGGACAUUCCGGGAGAAUUCGCAGAAAGUCAACUGUGUGGACUACAGCUCGAACGGCGAGAGUGCAAUAUCUAGUAGCGACGACGACUCCAUUGUUUUAUAUGACUGUCAGGAGGGAAAACCAAUACGGACCCUGUACAGUAAGAAGUACGGAGUAGACCUUAUCCGGUAUACACAUGGGGAUGCCAACACAGUGGUCUACAGCUCCAACAAACUAGAUGAUACCAUCCGAUACCUGUCUCUCACUGACAACAAGUACAUCCGCUACUUCCCUGGGCACACUGAUAGGGUUGUUGCUCUCUCCAUGUCACCGGUGGAUGACACAUUUAUCUCUGGUUCCUUGGAUAUGACCAUACGACUCUGGGACCUGCGCUCUCCAAACUGUCAGGGUCUUACUAAUCCUUUGGGGAAGCCUGUUUGCUCCUAUGACCCCGAGGGCCUGAUAUUCGCUGCUGGGGUCGAUUCUGAGGCGAUUAAACUGUACGACCUCCGCUCCUUUGACAAGGGCCCAUUCGCCUCCUUUGAGACUCUGUUUAGCCGUGUCUGUGAGUGGACUGGACUGAAGUUCAGCAGGGACGGGAAGCAGAUUCUCAUUUCUACCAACGGGGGUGCUAUUCGGAUCCUAGAUGCCUUUAAUGGAGCCGUGCUGCACACUUUCUCAGUGAGAGAACCGUUACCACACUGCACUGAUAGACCCGGAAGUGCAUAUUCUUCACACACACAUCUACGAGUAUGCACGUCACAGGAGGGCUACAACAACAGUAAAGGCAUUUCAUUGGAGGCCUGCUUCACCCCAGACUCAGACUUUGUCAUGAUUGGUUCAGAGGAUGGGAGGGUCCAUGUGUGGAGUACAGAGAGUGGGAUGAAAAUAGCUGUUCUGGACGGGAAGCAUUCAGGACCAAUCAACACACUGCAGUUUAACCCUAAAUACAUGACGUUUGCCAGCGCCUGCUCCAAUAUGGCGUUCUGGCUUCCCUGUGUAGGAGACUGAUAAAGGUGUGGGACCACAGAGACAAACUGUCCUCAUCAUUACCCAGGAUGCCUUUCUCCUUUCAUGUUGCUGAGUAUACAGAGACCGAACACUACUCUAAUAUGAAAUUGUAGGCACAUUAAGGCAUUGGUGAAAGGGAUUCCACUGACGAUUAACCACGAGGAGAACUGUCACUCUGUAAACUGAUUUAUUUGCCAAAUGGGGAAGGUUACAUGAGGGAAUCACUAGAGCUGUGGGAGACAGUAGUUAUUGUCCACUGUGAUAGGUGCUUGUUGAAAAGUUUUUAUGAGUAGAGAAUACCUGUGGUGUACUACUGACAAACACUUGUUUUUAUACAUUUCGUUUUUUUCAACUGUGAUUCUGAGCAAGGUGCUACAAUGUAUUAAUUAGCAGACAAUUAUGACCUUUUAACUUUUUAAUACAGUGACAACUCCAAUCAAGUAUGCAUUUUAACUGCGGAGACACGUUUUAUUGGGAAUUCAAUAUUUGUUUUAUUUUGUACUGUUUAUUCAGAAAGUAUUAAAGUGUUUUACGUCUAAUGUA